AUGUACCGUACACGUUGUCUGAACCGAGAUCAAGUUUGUGAAUAUAGUCGCUCGGCUCGCGGGCCUGGCCUGCACAACUUCGCCAACGCAUCGGCAAUGUCCCAACACAUCCAAGUCUCAAUCCCAAGCAAAACAAAACAUCACCCAGCCACAUCUUCAUGGACCCAAAGCAUUCCUCCACCGCUCAAAGACGGCGAUGAACUACAGUCCUUACACGUCUGGUCUACGCAAAUUUGCUAUAGCUUCACGCCCACCCACGCCCCUUUUCUACGCGACAGAGUGGGCGAACAGGCUCUUUCCUGCGACUUUCUCAUGGGUGCCCUCCUGGCAUCGUCAAGCCUGCAUCUAGCCAGCGACACCAAAGUCAUUGCAACAGCACGACGUCUGGUCACUUCAUCCUUGGAGCACCAGAACUGA